CAUUAAGGCUACAACCAUACAAUCGCAAUAUCUGAUCGUGAACCAGCUCUGUCUGUCCGUAUACUCACGAGCAAUUCAUUCCCGUUGUCUUUUCCCUGCUUCAAAAACCGACAUUUUGAAGUAAAACGACUUGUUCACCUUCAGACACUUAUCAUUACAAAGUCUAAAGAACGAUACUUAAGUAUCCUGUCAUUCCUUUAAUUCACUUAUAAUUCACUUAUUGUAAAAGUAAUAGUCUUGCUCCACGUGACUCCCUCGAAGUCUUAUGUUAUAAUCAUCAAAUUGUCAAAAUUAAUUAUCAUGAAUUCUACCGAUAAAUUCUCCAAUCCGGGGCCUAAGACCUCGAAUUUACAGUUGGAAGAAGAAGCAUUAAAGCUCGGAUCUCCAAUCCAUAGUCUUAUUUCGAAAUUCUCGGAAAAAAACGAUCAUAUUGAUAGUAAUACUAUCACUUCCGAUAAGAAUAUAUCAGACACUCGUAAUGUGUCUGAAGAAACUCAACAAAGUCAUGAAAGUCAUGAAACUCAUGAAACUCAAGAAACUCAACAAAGUCAUGAUUCUCAUGAACCAUUUGCACCUGCGUUGUUGCCUCGAAUGCCCGGAACUUACAAUGUUAAUGGGUUAAAUAAUGAUGGUCAUGUUAAAGAUGAGUACCACGAGUUAACAGAAACAUUACACGACAAUUCCAAUUCUAAUUCCUCCAAUUCUAAUUCCUCCAAUUCUAAUUCUAAUUCCAGUUUUAAUCCUAAUUUCAAAGAAGAACCAGAAGAACCAGAAGAACCAGAAGAACCAGAAGAACCAGAAGAGCAAGAAGAGCAAGAAGAGCAAGAAGAUGUGCCAGAAGAAGAACCACAACUAGUAGCUCCUAAUACUCCAAGCACUAUAUCAGAAGCUAAAAUGACUACUCCAGUAACUACUCAUCAUCAGAAAUUGACUACACCCGAAUUAUCCAAUUACAGAUCCGUCUUGGAUCCAGGUAAACCCUUUUCGUUAAAUACUACGGCUCCUAAUCCUAUACAUAUAGAACAAAUUUUGAAAGAUAAUAAUAAAUCUAGUGAUUUUGAAAUUAUAUCUACUGAUGAUAAAUCAUCUAUAUCCAGUACAGCUGCCAACUUAUUGAAAUAUGAUGCUUUACAAAGGAUUCCCACUGUAGAUGAUGAAAAUAUUGAUGAUCUAACUCCUCGACAAAUGUCUCAACUGACAGUAAUUAGAAGUCCACCUCCACCUCCUUCACAAUCACAAUCACAAUCAUUUAAUCAAGUAGCUCAUAAUACUACUGCAGCCAUAACUCCUAUAUUACAACAAAAUUUAAGUAAAUUUGGUCCAUCUAAUCCUACCCCCAAAUCAGUUAAUUCUUCAACUUCAACUCUUGGAAAUUCUCCUCUUCAUAUUGGUACUUAUACUAAUAUAAUUAACCCUUCACCAAUUAAUGGGUCAAGAACUUCUUCAAGUCUGACAACUUUAAGUACUACUAGUCAAUCAUCAAGUAAAAAAAGUCGAGUUAGAGGAGUAUUUUCUUCUAUGUUUGGUAAAAGAAGUUCUGGAAAUUCAUCGACUUUAACUACCAAUAAUAAUAAUAUAGAUUCAGGUUCAGGUUCUGGUUCAAAUUCAGAAUUAAAUAUGAAAAUUAGUACUCCAUUUAAUGCAAAACAUGUGGCUCACGUUGGAGUCGAUGAUAAUGGAAGUUAUACAGGUUUACCAGUUGAAUGGGAAAAACUUUUAUCAGCCAGUGGGAUUUCUAAACGUGAACAACAACAACAUCCUCAAGCAGUAAUGGAUAUUGUAGCAUUUUAUCAAGAUUCUAAUGAGAAUCCCGAUGAUAAUGCGUUUAAGAAAUUCCAUUUUGAGAAUAGUAGUUCUUCCAGUUAUAAAACCAUUAACAAUAAUAGUAAUAGUACGGGUAGUAUGACGAAUUUAGAAUCUACAACUCCAACUACUCCAGGAACUCCAUUUACUGGUUCUCAUAGUCCUCCUCGAGAUCCUUUAACUCCUCAAACUCCUCAUCAUCUGCUGUAUUCUCAGCCAAGUGGUGGUAGUUCGGCUCCUCCACUUCCAGUCCAACAACAACAACAACAACAGCAGCAGCAACAACAACCACAAAUCCCUGCUACUCCUCAACAACAGUAUCCUACUCAACCUAAAACUCCUGCCAGUUCCUCUUAUGAAAGUCAAUUCAUCCCUUCAAGACCGGCUCCAAGACCUCCUUCAGCUCAACCAACUCCUAAACAAGCUGUACCACCUCCUGAUGAGAUAUCUCCUAAGAAAUCCACCUCAUUCAUAUCGAAAUCCAUCUCUUCUAAAUCCAUUAAGGGUCUUAGAAGUGGAUCUAAAAAGGAGAAGUUUGUCAAUAUUCCUCAUCCUCCACCUCCUCCUCCUCCAACCACUGGAACUACUACUUCAAUACCGAAAUCUAAAUCUCAUAAUUCUUCAUUAACAACUUCUCAUCAAUUUCAAUUACAUGAGAAACAACAACUGUUAAAGAAUGGUGGUGCUACUACUGCUCCAUUACAACAAACUUCUAAAUUCAAUCGAGAUGAAGCUCCUUUACAUUAUCCUAAACAAAGAAAAGAUGAUUUCAAAUCGCAUAGGCCUCCACCUCCACCUCCAUCUUCAGCUCAAGCUCCUGGCCAAGUUCCUGUUCAAUCUCAAGCUCCGGUUCAAGUUCCAGUUCAAGCACAAGCUCCAGUUCAAUAUAAAUCUCAAGCUCAAGCUCAACCUCCAACUGCUGGUCCUAUACUUACUAGUCCACAACAAGCAUUAGCUGAUGUCACAGCUCCUAUUUCUCGUGAAAAGUAUGAAGAGAAGCAGUCUGAAAGACAACAACAGCAGCAGCAACAACAACAACUGAAUAAAUCAUCUCCAGAAGUACAGAGAAAGAAAUCUAACCAACAACCAGUUCGAGAUGCUAAACAAGCAGCCAUUUUAUCUCAGAAGAAACGUGAAGAAAAGAAGAGAAAGAAUCUUCAAAUCAUUGCUAAAUUACAAUCGAUAUGUAGUGAAGGAGAUCCUAAUACGAUGUAUACUGAUUUAACAAAGAUUGGUCAAGGUGCAAGUGGAGGAGUUUAUAUUGCUCAUGAAUUGGCUAAUCGUAAUGCUACAGUUGCCAUUAAACAAAUGAAUUUAGAACAACAACCCAAGAAAGAAUUAAUUAUUAAUGAAAUUUUAGUUAUGAAAGGUUCUAAACAUCCAAACAUUGUUAAUUUCAUUGAUUCAUAUUUAUUAAAGGGAGAUUUAUGGGUAAUUAUGGAAUAUAUGGAAGGAGGAUCCUUAACAGAAAUUGUAACUCAUAGUGUUAUGACAGAAGGACAAAUUGGUGCAGUAUGUCGAGAAACUCUUAAAGGAUUAAAAUUUUUACAUUCAAAGGGAGUUAUUCAUCGAGAUAUUAAAUCCGAUAAUAUUUUAUUAAAUAUUGAUGGGAAUAUUAAGAUGACGGAUUUUGGAUUUUGUGCCCAAAUUAAUGAAUUAAAUUUAAAGAGAACAACUAUGGUUGGUACACCAUAUUGGAUGGCACCAGAAGUUGUAUCUCGUAAAGAAUAUGGACCAAAAGUUGAUAUUUGGUCAUUAGGGAUUAUGAUUAUUGAAAUGAUUGAAGGUGAACCACCUUAUUUAAAUGAGACUCCCUUAAGAGCAUUAUAUUUAAUUGCAACUAAUGGUACACCAAAAUUAAAGGAACCAGAAGCUCUUAGUUAUGAUAUUAGAAAAUUCUUAAGUUGGUGUUUACAAGUAGAUUUCAAUCGUAGAGCUACUGCUGAUGAACUAUUAUUGGAUAAGUUCAUUUUAGAGAGUGAUGAUGUAUCUUCUUUAAGUCCAUUAGUUAAAAUCGCCAGAAUGAAGAAAGCUAGUGAACCCUUAGAAGAUUAG